AUGAAUGACCGUUCUUUUGGUUUGCAGAGAGAAGAAACUAUUGACUCAUCAAACAAGGAAGUUAAAAGUAAUGCACCAAAAAGUAAUGAAAGCAAGAAAUGUAUCACAAUUUCUGGAAUAAUAGAGAAGAGAACUUCAAGAACUACGGAUUUGAGCCCAGAUCAUAAGAGAAGGUAUGAAACAUCAGUAUUCCUAAGUAGAGAAGAAAAAUCCUCUGAUUUUUCAGGAGGGAAAACAGUCAAGAAAAAGAAAAUUUUACAAGUACACCUGCAUAGUAGAAAAUCUGAGCUCGGAGUUGGGACACAGAGAGAGGUUGCUCUUCGUAUUCCUAAAUUGGAGAUUGCCUCUCUUCCUCUGAAGCCAUCAAAGGAGAUGACCGGGAAAGAAAGUACUUCAUGCAAAUUGCCAGAUCAGCUUGUUGCUCCCAAGUCUUCCUUACCUCCUCGUAAAUCUUCCACAAGUACUUGGAAAAAGGAAUCAUUAUCUAAUCUCUACAUGACACUAUAUGAAGAAGUACCUGAAGUACCUGUCAAAGAAGAUUUAAAUGCAAUUCAUAAAGCCUGCAAAAUUUUUGGUAAAGUUCGAGGUGGUAAGAUUUAUGUGAAUGAUCUGCCAAUGGUCCUAAACACUUUAAAGGUUUCCAUGAAUGACUCAGAAAUACGACGGGCACUAAAGGUUAUUGAUAUUGAUGCAUUCCAGAAUGCCUUGAAGAUUUUUUCCAAAAUGAAAGGUGGUCGAGUUUCCACUGAUGAAGUGGAUGCUGUUUUGGAUAGUCUGGAUAUUCAUACAAGUCCAGAAACAAUUCAUGAUGUGUUAAAAUAUACUUAUACAGACCGCAAUCAGAUGGUGGAUAUUGGAGAUAUUGUGUUUACUUUGGGUGAACUGCAACAACUCUAUGAAGAUGUUUCACCUGUGGAAGAUUCAGGCUUGAAAGAAACUGGUACAAACAAAAGGUUAUCAUAUAUAGCUCCAUAUAAGAAGAAAUCAAGUUCAUCAAGACCAUCUGAAUCUUCAUUAUUAAAAACGUUGGAGAUAAAAAGCUUCCAAUCUUUUAGUAAUGUUUUGGAGAAAGAUGACUCUGAAUAUAAAGAACCAAAAGUUUCUUUGCAGCCAAGGAAGUUUUCAGAUGUGGUUGACAGCAGUCAUGUAGAAGUCCAGGAACCAUAUUCAAAACAUGAAACAGACUUAAGAAAACUUUCAGAGAAUGAAGAAACUUCUGACUCAAUAUCUAAAUCACAAAGCUUGAGGAGUAAUACAAGCCUCAAUAAGUUUCUGGAAAAAAGUGAUAUUGCUAACAUCUCCAAACCUCAGAAACCAGCUAGGACAAGGCACUCUACCCUUCUAAAACAGAUUUCAUUUAAGGAAAAACCUGCAGUUAAUACUCUGGAAAAUGAGUUGGUGAAUUUAGAUGACUUUAUUACAACUCUCUCCAAGGAACAAAGUUUUCAUGAAUAUGAUGUACUGACUAAUGGCACUAAUGCUGUUAAAAAAUUUGAAGAUGAAAAAGUUGACAGUGAGGAUGUAAAUACUUCUCUUGAAGAGUUUGGAAUUCACCUCCCUAAGCCAGAAGUGGAAAAGCCUGUGGAAAUGACUGAAGCUGAUAGUAAGUGUUAACAUUUUCAGGCAAUUGUGAUAACACAUCUAGCACAUGUGUCACAGGUCACUGCAGAAUUGCCUCGUGUUACUGAAGAUAUUCAGAAUCUCAGCCAGGAGCUGAUGAAUAUUUCUGAUCAGUGGAAUACUUUGUCAAAUGUGAAUAGUAAUUUAAAAAAAGAUAACUUUCUAGAUGAACUGAAGCUAGCAAAAGUUGAUGAUGACAAAGUACAACUUAAAGAAUUUGAGAAAAUAGUAAAGAAUAUGCAUGAUGCCUCCAGGUUAAAAAGCUUACAGGAGAUUGCAUUAGCUCUUGAUUCACUUGAAGGUGAAAUGAUAGCUGAGGAGAACUUGGAAGAUUUUUUGAAAAAUGUUGGGAUUAAGUCACCUAAAGAAGAAGCAGAGAAUAUUCUUCAAUCAGAUUUUGUUUCUGAAGGAAACAUGGUGAAUGUUAAUGACUGGUUGAAAAGUUUGAAGGAGACCCCAAAAUUUUCCAAUUUUAUUGAUUUUAGAAAUGAGGCUGUACCUUCAAAUCUGAAGUUGUCGGAGAUGAAUGCUAUAGAGCUACUCUUAGCUAUUACCCAAAUUCUUCAAGAUGACCUUGUUGAUGUCUCUGACAUCAAGACAUUAUUAGUGAAGGAUGACCUUGAUACAGCUAAUGUUGUACUUACUGAAAUAUUAAGAAAUUUACCUGAAUAUGAAGAUGGCAAGGUUUCUACUCACGAAAUUAUAACUAAGUUUGAAGAUUCGCUGACAAUUCCAAAAGCCUCAGGUGAGUUUUAUUUAAUAUGUAUAUAAUGUGCACAUCUAGAAAGACAAGUGAUGGUUUACACAUUAAAAUAG